AUGCCUUCCCUACUGAGCUCACUUAUCUGCGCGCUUCUUGCUGCUACCCUCUCGUUGACGGAAGGGAAGUCAAUAGCCUACGUAGUAGAAUCUGGAGACGUCUCGGGAGAUGAGUUUGAAGCCAAGACAGAUAAUCCAGUGGUCAAGACAGCGUCACUUCUACAGGAGGAGGUGGCUAUACUGAAGGCAGAGUUCAAUUCGAACUUCUCGGACGUAGAUGACACAUAUGACAUCAAAUCACCAAUCAAUAGCAUAUCUGAUGGAUGCUUCCCUGGCAACUUCAACAAGUCCAGAUGCUUGAAAAGGAUCGCCACUGGCAUUCUGCAGUAUGUGAAACAGAUGCAAUAUGUCAAGGAGGAAUUCCAGUCCACUCUUGUUGAUGGAAUCAUCCACAGGACCAGUACACUGCAAAACCUCGUCAAAGAUUUGAAACCCAAGGACAGGGCCGAUGAUGACAAAAUUUCCGAGGACAUUCUCCCCAAAGAUAGCCAGUGGGAGAGGAAGACGGUAACGAAAGCUAUCCUGCGUAGCUUUGACCAGUUUCUCAUUGAUGCACAUCGAGCUCUGCGCCACAUUACCCGGACCAGGAAGUUUGGCGAGAGAAGACAUCAGCUACCUCAUGAGUUGACACCUUUAAAUUAA